AUGCUUAGGUACGACCCCUUUGUCCGUGAGCUGACGGAAGCUCGCUUCCGUGCCCGAAGGCUUCUAUCGAAGUACAACAGUACCCCUAUACCAGAUGGUACGACCCCAGAUGAACUUAGAGCCGACCGAGAAGCCAUCCUGGGCCAGCUUCUUGGUUCCGUUGGAUCCAAUGCAUACCUUGAGCCACCGAUAUUUGUCGAUUAUGGCUGCAAUAUUAGUAUCGGGGAUAACUUCUAUGCGAAUUUCCAUACCACAAUGCUCGACUGCUCCCUCAUAACGAUCGGCGAUAGGGUUUCGUUCGGACCGAAUGUGAGCAUCCUCGCCGCCACACAUGAAACGAGCGUUCAAUCGCGUCGGGACGGAUGGGAAUUUGCUCGUGAGGUCUCGAUUGGCAGUGAUUGUUGGAUCGGGGGGGGAGUCACUAUAGUGGCAGGAGUAAUCAUAGGAGAAGGGUGCACAAUCGGAGCUGGCGCAAUCGUCACAAAAGAUAUCCCCGCAUUCAGUGUCGCUGUUGGGAUCCCCGCGCGGGUUGUGAAGCGAGCGGAGCCUGCUGCAACUAUGUCCAACUAG